GGAGGCUUUCUGCUGGAGAAGUUUGAGCGAACCUUUAAGGAUGAUACACCUUGGAUGUUUCCUGCUGCUCUGCGGGCUCACGCACGUCAUGGCAAGUUAUCCCAUCUGGUGGUCACUAGCAGUGGGCCACCAGUACUCGUCGCUGGGCACUCAACCCAUCCUCUGUGGCAGCAUCCCGGGUCUGGUGCCCAAGCAGCUGCGUUUCUGCCGGAACUACGUGGAAAUCAUGCCCAGCGUGGCCGAAGGGGUGAAGAUCGGCAUCCAGGAGUGCCAGCACCAGUUCAGAGGGCGCCGCUGGAACUGCACCACGGUCAAUGACAAUUUGGCCAUUUUUGGACCAGUGUUAGACAAAGCCACUCGAGAGUCCGCGUUCGUUCACGCCAUCGCCUCGGCGGGAGUGGCGUUUGCAGUGACCCGUGCCUGCGCUGAGGGUUCGGCCACCAUCUGCGGUUGCGACACGCGCCACAAGGGCCCCCCCGGCGAGGGGUGGAAGUGGGGCGGCUGCAGCGAGGACGUGGAGUUCGGGAGCAUGGUGUCCAGAGAGUUCGCCGACGCCAGGGAGAAUCGCCCCGAUGCGCGCUCGGCCAUGAACCGCCAUAACAACGAGGGAGGAAGAAUGUCCCUCAACGACAACAUGUUCCUCAAGUGUAAGUGCCACGGGUUGUCGGGCAGCUGCGAGGUCAAGACGUGCUGGUGGUCUCAGCCCGACUUCCGGGUAAUUGGCGACUACAUGAAGGAUAAAUAUGACAGCGCAUCCGAGAUGGUGGUGGAGAAACACAAGGAGUCCCGCGGAUGGGUGGAGACCCUGAGACCCAAAUACAACUACUUCAAACCCCCGACAGAGCGCGACCUGGUCUACUACGAAAGCUCGCCCAAUUUCUGCGACCCCAACCCUGAAACCGGCUCCUUCGGGACCCGCGAUCGCGUCUGCAACCUGACGUCCCACGGCAUCGACGGCUGCGACCUCCUCUGUUGCGGCAGAGGACACAACACCAGGACUGAGAAGAGAAAGGAAAAGUGCCACUGCAUUUUCCACUGGUGCUGCUACGUCAGCUGUCAGGAGUGCGUGAGAGACUACGACGUGCACACCUGCAAGUAA